GGAGAGCGGAGGAUGAGCCCCGCGCCCCCGUCGGCAGCGUCGCCCGGCUGUUGUCACGCGGUGCAGGCUGACCCCGUUCCGACCUGCCGCCGGCACCGAGCGGAAGGAUGAACGUCUCCGGGGACGCAGGGGGCUCCCGGAGGCUCCUCGUCUUCUGGCUCUCGGGCCCACUCUCGGUCUUCAUCAUCCUGGCCAACCUCUUCAUCAUCCUGGGGAUCCUCUGCAACCGGAAGCUGCCCGGGGUCGCCAGCUGGUUCUUUCUCAGCCUGCUGUUUGCCGAUCUCCUGGCCGGGGCCGCCCUGCCCUUCAUCCCCUGGAUGCAGUUUCAGAACAGACGGGGCUACCACAGCUGCUUCUUCACCCACGUGGCCCCCAACUACUUCUUCCUGGUCUUCCUGGCCAACCUGCUGGCGGUGCACUACGAGAAGUACCUGUGCAUCAACUACCCGCUGCACUACCGCCGCUUCUGGGUGCACCGCUGGGUGCCCCUCUGCCUGCUGCUCACCUGGGCGCUGCCUCUGCUCUUUGCCUGCCUGCCGGUGCUGGGGUGGAACCAGUGGCGACCCAGCUCCAACUGCUCCUACAGACAGAUCUUCCCCACUGCCUACCUCUACCUGGAGAUCUACGGCUUCCUCAUCCCCUCCAUCCUGGCCAUGGCCUUCAUGUCCACCCAGGUGCUGCGGGUGGCCCGGCGCCAGCUGCAGGAGAUCAAGAAGGUGCUGCGCUCCGUGCACCAAGGCCAGGGCCCCUCGGAGCUGGAGCAGCAGCUGGAGCUCAGGCACGCCAAGUGCAUCGCCAGCCUCUCCCUGAUCUUCCUGGUCUGCUGGGUGCCCUACGUGGCCGGCCUGCACGCCUCGGUGCUGGCCAUCCAGAACCACAGCUUCAUCGACAGCGACACCGUCCUCAUCCUCACCUGCGUGGGCAGCGGCAGCGCCGCCGUGGUGCCCAUCAUCCUGGGGCUCAGCAACCGGCAGUACACCCAGUUCUGGAGGGACGUGGCGGCCAAGGGCUGCGCUGGCUGCAGGGCGCGGUGCUGCGAGCGAGGGGAGGCCGGACGCCGCCAGGGUGGGAGGUCACAGGGCAGGGCCCCUUGUCCUCAGGCAGAAGGCGUGGCUCCAGCUCCCAGCUGAUGCCCUGGCCCCUGCGACGGAGAUACCAAACCUGCAACCGUGGCCUCUGGCCACAACGAGACAAGGCUGGGAUUUGCAGCAGCUGAGGGAUCAACAUGGACCUUCCGGAGGGAUCCAGUGAUUUACUGGGCUGUUAUAUUUUAAUGACCAAGGUGGGUGGGGUAACCUCAUUCUCCCCCGCCCACACAUGGAUGCUGGGCUGGUCACUGCUGGUUUCUGCACUUUGGUUGGUCUAAGAACAAGCCUGGAUCUCAUGCCCUGGCCAAUCAGAUUUUGGUACGUUAGUUUUUCAAAGCAGACCGUCGAUUCCACGAAUGAUCUCGGCUUCUGAGUGGCCGGUUCCUCACUACAUGAUCCACCCUCCUGCAACCCGAUUGGCUGGGGUGGCUUCCAUCUGGUGUGCUUCCAUCCCACGACGAUGCUCAUCAAUUCUAUUUGUCCCCUGGGGGUAAGGCCUGAGUUUCUGGGCUGCUGUGGGACCCGAUCCUGCCAGGGUCUAGAGGGUGCCCUGACCUCUCAGGGUCGGGGCCGCCUGAAUCCUCAGAUCCUUUGUUGAGGUUAACCCCGCGGUGAAUGUGUGAUGUCGCUGCACCCCGUGAGUGCAGACUACAGGGCGAGGUCUGAGUCCCUCUAUUCUUGCUGGGAAUUCCUGGCGCCCCAGUACCCUCACUGAUGCAGCUUUAAGAGACUCCCUGCCCCCAAGUGCGAUCAGACUUAGAUGAUAGCACCCCCUAAACAGUGGGGUUACUGCUGCUUGGGUCCCAAAUCAGACUAGGGCCCGGCACCCCCGUGGGGCCAGAGACAGGAACUUCCAGGACUUAUAUCGCUGCAUGGCAGAGCUCUGUUAGCAGCCACUUUUCCUUCCUGUUCCUGCUAAGCCAAGUGGCUGCUGUGGCUGCCCACAAAGCAGGAAACCAGAAACUCUCCAUGUGGGUAAAAACCGUGGUCCCCGGUGAGCAGCGUUGGCAGAGACCGAAAGUGACUGGCUGGAGACCUUCCUUGGUGGGGAGAGGAGCCUAUGGGAUUCAGGCACCUUUGCCCCCUGUACGGUGGUGCCCAGGGUCGUCUCGGGCCUGGGUGUCCUCCAGCCUGGCUUCAUGCACGGCCCACCCCCCUCUCCUCAGACCACCUCUCCCGCUGAGCGGCGCAAGCGUCAGGCCAUGGAGCGGGGAAGGGGGAUCCCAUGUGGCGGGGUCCCUGCACCUGGGGUGUUCAGUUCUGGGCACACUAACCCCCCCAACACGGGUCCUGGACUCAGCCCAGUGCCUCCCGCCGCGGGCUAAUGCGUUUGCUGCUGGGCCCUGUUUGUCGGUUCCUCGUACUGCUUGUGCGUCACUGGUUGGCAGCCGGGGGAGCCCUGCUGAACGGGGGAGGGAGUCGGCUGAGCCCGGGGUCCCGGCUCCCCUGGAAUGGAUAGUCCGGUUUCCGCCUCCUUGGCCGCUGGGUCCCUCUCUGCAGCAUGAUCCCUCCCACCCCGUUUAUCCCUCAGCCCGGCUCUUCUGCUUUGCCACUGUUUAUUUUUUUCCGUGACACUUUUUCCAGGCCUUGUGGGGAAUUUCCAUCCCGGCUGGGCCUGCCCCACCAGCCGGCUCCAGGGCCCUGUCCCUGGGCUCCCUCCCUGUUUAGCGGGCGAUUUCUGGGGACGGCAGUGCUGGGAUCGAGCCGGAAGGACCUGCCCUGUCCUGCUGUGUCCCGUCACCCUCCGGGCCCAGACCCAGCCCUGCCCAGGAGCUGGGGGUGGGGGAAGGACCCGGAGGGGGCUGGGACACGCCACGGGGAGACCAGCCCAUCCCCUUUUGUGUCCAGCGGCUGUGAGUGAGGGACGGGAACCAGAGCAAGGGCCGGGCAGGGGCAUCCAGGGCCAGGUCUCUCCAAACGGCUCCACCAACACCCCCAAUCCUGAUCCCCAGCCUCCCCCUUCCCCCGAUAGUCCACUCCGCGCCCCCACCCCACUCCCAGCUGAGCUGCAGCCGCCCCAGGGUGCCCCCACCGCCCAGACCGGGCUGGCGUGGGAUGGAGAACAGCCAGAUGCCGGAGGCUCCGUCUCAGCCAGGUCUCUGGGGACCUGCAGCCGCUAGCAUCUCCGAGUCUCAGUGCGUCAUUAUAAACCAGCGCAGUGCGCAAGAGGCAGCGGGGGGAGGGUUCCCCUGUGGAACCCCAGGAGCCCCCCGAAGCCGGCCAGGGCGAGGACUGUCUGAGGUAGGCUGCCCCCGAAUGUGUGUGCGAGGGAUGGAAAGGGGGCGCUCCUUUCUCUAUACAUUUCCUGGGGGUUCUGGUGCCUGCAUGGCCCCCUCCUGAGUCCAGGUGCCAGCCUGCAGCACCCCUAUUCUCCCCCCAUUAGCUCUGGGUGCCCAUUUGGAUGCAUCCUGUUCCCCCCUGGAGUCCUGCUGCCCUGAUUGGGGGGUCCCCUUUCCCCCCCGGGGCCCUGAUGCCCAUAGUUCUCCUCAAUUCCUUCCAGCUCCUGGUGCCCUGAAUCUUCCCUGGGUCCCAGUCCCUGCAAUCCCCCCAUUCUGUCCUGGGGCUCAUAUCUCACCCCACCAGCCCUAGUGCCUGUGGUGUCCCUUCCCCUCUCUCUGCCAUCUCAGAGCCGGGGCCUGUUUUCCAUAUCCCCCACCUCUUUGCUAAGCAAAUCAGCCAGCCCAGGGAUUUGCAUAGGCAGCUGGCGGCACUGGAGAGACACGCAGGGCCUGCUGGCCCGUCACACCAGCAACGGGACUGGGGGUGCUGCCGCACCCUGUGGCUUGAAGUCGUAAUAACGAACACCAUCCUCCUCACCGCCCCAGCCCGGGUGGGUCUGUCCCUCCACCUGUUUGCAUGCUCCCCCUCGGGGUUUGCAUAGCCCUGGGUGCGCCUUUCCUGGCUCGCCCGCGACCUCCCCUGCUGGUCUCCCGGCUUCACUUCCUGCUCUGGUCGCAGGGAGACGAACCAGAGCAGGAGAACCAGUAUUUCUGCUUGAACCCAGAACUGAACCAGACCCAGAAUUUUGUCCUGCCUGCUGAACCCCCUGCAAAGGGGGGUCACCAGCUAACAGAAAGGGCCAGCAUUUUUUCACGCUCCCUUUUAAAAAAGGGAUCGUACCUUCAUUAGUGAACAAGCUAAGGCAAGAGGCAUGUGAUUGCGGCCAGAAGGGCCUGGCUGAGACUAGAAAGAGGCCAGCCCCCAAGAGCGGGGAGGGAGAGGGAGGCAGCAGGGGGCCCAGAGCUAGCGAACCACUUUCUGAGACUCCACCCCGGGGAGAGACGAGGUGCGGGUGUCCCUUAGCAAUAACUCUUCAAACCCAGGGGAAAAGGUAACGGUCCUUCUCCUCCUCCGACAGGUCUCCCUCUACCCAUCCCCAACCCCUGGGGCAGCUCCUCACGCCAACUGCCCCACGUCACGGAGUGUGGGGGAGUCAGGGCCCUGCACCCCCCACUCCCUGCGAUUCCCCGUCACUCAGCCGGCCAGUGACACAGCAGGGUUAUUAGCCGACAGGAACACGGUCCCAAGCAGGGCUUGUAGGUACAACCAGGACCCCUCAGCCAGGUCCUUCAGGGGGGCAAGGACCUUAGACCCCAGACUAGGGGUUCCUGCCUCCUCCCAGCCAGCCCAGAACUGAAACCAAAACCCCUCCAGCCGGCUCUGCCCCCUCCU